GGCGGAAGCCUUCCUCACCAAACAUCAACCUAAUGAAUCCCAGCACAACCCCACACUCAAAGGACAAACAGCUGCUGAUGUUCAUGAAGCUUUCGUUCGCCAGUUUGAGCGCUAUGUGAAAGGACAAUACCCUUUUGACACAAUGAUGGAUGCUGGUCAGGACGUCCUCUCAUACUGGACUCACUUGACGAAGAUACCUGAAGGCUCCAUACUUGCUUGUAUCGCAGAAAAAAUUUAUUCAAUCAAGCCCUCAUCUGUGCCCGAGGAACGAACAAUGUCGGUAUUCAUGAGGAUGAAUACACCAGCCAGGAACCGUCAACAUGUCCGGACGUUGGUGGACAUGACUCAGAUUCGACAAUGGCAUAUGUAUGAUCCAAAGAAAAUGGUUGAACGACGGCAUCCAGACAUUUCAUUCUGCGAUCUUGACUCCAUCAUUUCCUCACCCAAACAAUCAGCUGCUCGUCAAAGCCACGAAACCACUGGCAGCUAUCUAUCUGUGGGCACAGAUGAGCAGGAAGAAAUCCUUGAAGAUGAAGAAGGCACUUGGCUCGAUGAGACACUAGCGGCUAAACCGGCGGAGGAUUCAGCCUUCGACAUUGAAGCAGAUGCAAACCUUCAUGCACUAAUUGUCACCAAGGCCUUGUCUGAUGAACACGAGGAAAGUCCUAUCAAUGGCCUGUGUAGCACUCAAGGUGAUGCUACGGAGGAUGAUGCUGACCUAGAAGGCAUGGACAACGAGUGGGACGAAUUUUGGUAGUAGCUGUAGCGAAAUUUUCAAAUUUUAGGUCACGUGACUGUUAAUAACAUGUUAAUAACAUGCUUGUUAAUAACCCUACGUAUCCUACUUGAUUUUUAACAUAGGUUAAUAACAGUCGGAUGACUUAUCGUCCGUACCCUAUUG